UGCUGCCUGGUGGGCGUGAGGGAGGAAGUGGGCGGGGCGGGCGAGAGAGAUUCUAUGGAGGAGAAGUGGGAGCGAAGGCGUGAGGCGCAGCGGGGCUCCCUCUCUGUCCCCCACCCCGUCUCCUUUCUGAGCGAACCUCAACGGCUGAAAAGUGACGGCUGAGGGGCGCACGCGCGGGGCUUGCUUUCCCGCCCAUUUCUGAUGCGGGGUCGGGGGGAGCCGUCUCUGAGGGGGCCACCGAGGCGCCGCCGCCCUUCCUUUCCCCACCGCCGAGGGCCGCCGCCUCCCCUCCUCAGCAGCAGCCGGGUGAGGGGGUGAGAUGGGCAGGCCCGUCUCUUAGCCUCGGCGGAGGCUCGCCGCCCUUGUCACGGCCCGUCCCGUCACACCUCCCGGCUCCGAGGCGGUGGCCGAGGCCGGCGAGCGGGCCCGGCUCUAGCUCGACGCUCGCGGCUUCUCUUGCCGUUGCUGCCGCCCCGUCUCCCUCCGCCCCUCCGCAGACACAUACCCGUCGCCGCGCUUCCCCGCCAUGUCCGGAGUGGUGCGGACCUUGAGCCGCUGCCUCUUGUCGGCCGACGCCGCCUCCAGCCGCGGUGCGGGAGCGGAGAGGCACCCGCCGCCCCGCGAGGGCAAAGAAGGCAGCCGGGACGCGGAGCGCGAAGCCCGGCGCCGGAGCCGCGAGAUCGACGCGAUGCUGGCCCGCGAGCGGCGCUCGGUCCGGCGCCUGGUCAAGAUCCUGCUGCUGGGCGCCGGCGAGAGCGGCAAGUCGACCUUCCUCAAGCAGAUGCGGAUCAUCCACGGCCGUGAGUUCGACCAGAAGGCGCUGCUGGAGUUCAGGGCUACCAUCUACGAGAACAUCCUCAAGGGCUGCAGGGUUCUAGUCGAUGCACGGGACAAACUAGGGAUCCCUUGGCAGUAUACAGAGAAUGAGAAGCAUGGCAUGUUUCUAAUGGCCUUUGAAAAUAAAGCCGGGAUGCCCAUUGAGCCGUCUGUGUUCCAGUUGUAUGUACCUGCUCUGACGGGCCUGUGGAAGGAUUCUGGGAUCAAGGAGGCUUUUAGCCGUCGAAGUGAAUUUCAGCUGGGUGAAUCGGUGAAAUAUUUUCUGGAUAAUCUGGACCGGAUUGGCCAGUUGAACUAUUUUCCCAGUAAGCAAGACAUCUUGCUGGCUAGAAAAGCUACCAAGGGGAUUGUGGAGCAUGACUUUAUCAUCAAGAAGAUUCCUUUCAAAAUGGUGGAUGUGGGUGGACAGAGGUCUCAGCGGCAAAAAUGGUUUCAGUGCUUUGAUGGGAUAACAUCUAUACUAUUCAUGGUCUCAUCAAGUGAAUAUGAUCAGGUCCUUAUGGAAGACAGACGCACAAAUAGACUAGUUGAAUCUAUGAAUAUCUUUGAGACCAUUGUCAACAACAAGCUCUUUUUUAAUGUCUCCAUCAUUCUGUUCCUUAAUAAAAUGGACCUCCUAGUGGAGAAAGUGAGGAAUGUCAGCAUUAAGAAGUACUUCUCAGACUUCAAAGGUGAUCCUCAUCGGCUGGAAGAUGUUCAACGUUAUCUGGUACAGUGCUUUGACAGAAAGAGGCGGAAUCGUAGUAAGCCACUCUUCCAUCAUUUCACUACAGCCAUAGAUACUGAAAACAUCCGCUUUGUGUUCCAUGCUGUGAAGGAUACAAUCCUUCAGGAGAAUCUUAAGGAUAUUAUGUUGCAGUGAAGGAAAACUUACCUCCGUCUAUUCAAACAUAACCUAGGACCAGCUUAAACUUUCUGGCCUUUAUGAUGGAUUUUUUGAAAGAUCCAUGCUGUUUACUUGGCUCAAGGGGGUUGCAGAAUAGCCAGUCCAAACAGAGGAGUGACAGGCAGAAGGAUUGUGAGAGCUCAAGCUAGCUACACAAUAACUUAAGUAAAAACAUUACUGAAAAUAGUAAAUUACAAGAGCAGUGCCUUCUUUUGAACACUGAAUAACAUUAUUGACUUCUGCCUUUUGAAAAGAGAACUCUAACUACGAAAAACCAUGUAAAAAUGUUUUGUGAUUUUUAAUCCAGUGUCGUUGGGCAACAGUGCCAGAAUUUGCUGGUUGUAACGCCUGCCUUCUUCAUUAGUUUUGGGUGCUAAAUUAACAAAUCCAUUAAGUUAAUUGAUACUACUGUUUGGAGAAUACAUUGCAAUAUGUUCAUAUACUCUUAAGAUCAAUAUCUAGAAUUGGUGCAUACAAAAUUAAUUGCCAGUAACCAGACUAUGCUUGCCAAGGUGCUUAUCCAGCUCUUGUCUGAAAAUAUUCACAAAUAUAAAUUGAACUUGGCUGGUCAUACAAGUGAAUUUUGUUUAAGCAGUUGGCCUCAAAAGGGGCAAAAAUCCAAGGCCUGGGAUGGUGCAACACAAGGCUUUACUUUGCACUACAUGUACAGUAUCCAUUGCAUCAUGGAAAAUAAGUCUUUCACAGUAAUACAGCAUGAGACAUGUGCUGACACCUCAGACGCUCUGUCAAGACAUCUUCAACUCCAUUUUCAGGCCUAUAGUUGGAACUAUAUGAACAUUUCCUCUUGACAGAAUAUUAUGAGUGUUCCUCACAAUAUGGAAGCUUAUUCCAUAUAAGCUGUCCUUUAGCCAAAUGUUUGGUAAGCAGCGGCUCCCUGUAACACUAAGGCCAAAUGCUCUUGAGAUCACACAUUACAGCUGCAAAAGGUUCGGAUAGAAAGGCCCUGCAUUCAAUUAAUCCUUAACUGUUGCUGCAUGGAUUUACUAGCCUAUAUAAUAUACACUUAAAAUACUGUAAACUGCCAAGUCUAAAGUUGCCACUUUAUGGCUACUACAGAGUACGUGUGAAUUUGUAGGAGGCUGUGAAUAAUAUUGAUGUGAACUUGUUUUUUAAUUCUAAAGUGUUCAAUUUGACUAUGGGUGCCUAUUUUGUGUGUACAGACGUUUCACACUCUGUCUGCUAUGAGGUAUGUAUUAACCAAACUAAGACUUAUCAUUUCAGUGCUAUAGUCUUUAUUCAGGGAUCUUCUUAAACAUAACAAAUGUUUACUGUACCAUCGGUACCAUACUUGUCAUUGCAAAAUAUAAAGGGCUUAUUCUUUCCUAUAUCAUGCUAUCAGAACGCUGUAGCUUAUGCCCCUAUGGGACAAAUAGUAGGCAAAGCUCCAGGUAUUAAUGCCACAAGUAACACCAGCCUUAAAAAAUCUCUGAUUACUUCUGCUCAGACAAAUAUAAGAUUUAUUUUCCUGUGUGGAUGACUCAAGUUUAUAUAGGCAUGUUUUUGUGUGGUGUAGCAUGCUUUGUGAACCAGAAAUCUUCCACUCUUGUAGUGAUGUUUUAUGCAAAAUUAAGCUAAGUUUUGAAAAUAAGGUUUAUCUUCUAGUUUUUAUGUAAAACUAAAAUUUUAAUAGGACAACCAUAGUGGCUGCAGACUUUUCAACCUUUUGAGGUGAAACUAAUUGACAAUUACCUAGUGACGCUUGUCUUACUUUCUAGGACCGAUUAUUUUACUAUUUUCAUAUCUGGCUAUUUAAGGGUAAAGGCAUUUAUAUCAGCAGUGACUGUACAUUUCUGUUCAUUGGGAUUCUUCCUAAGGAUGCCUAAGGAGAUGUUUCAUUUGUGUUUCUCAAAGAGCAAUCUUGCCAUGGCAAAUAGCUGAAACUGUAAGCAGUUUCAAGAGCAAUUUGUGAUAUGGAAUAUGCAUCUUUUAAAAUGAGAGGUCAAAAUUCCCAUCCCAUUAGGCAUGCUCAGAGCCCUGGGUAUUCCUAAGUAGCUCUUCUUUAUUUUGGUCACUACAUUUUAAUUUAGUUCCUCAGCAGUAAUUUCCCAUCUAGAAGUCUUGACUGUUCAAUUUAAAGAUUGCAUUUAUGUCUGCUUCCCCAAAGUGCCUCAGUUUUACCUAGUAACCUUCUUUUGGCCUUAAGUGACAGACAGUAGCACAAACUCUUCUAUAACAAUCUGAACUAUGCUACCAUUUGCAUUUUAAAAUAAAUACCUAGAGCCAACUUCCUGUAGUUCUCAAACUAUUUUGUUUAAUACAAUGCUACCCAGAAGUGUAUUUUCUUUUUUUUUUGUAGAAGUAUGGCUACCAUAGUACUUGCAUCUAGAAUGCAGCAUAUUACUAUGUUUGUUUGGUACCAGAUACAGUCAUCUGCUAGUGUAAUGGGAGCCCCUUGCUGGGGCAAACAUGAUUAUGAAAGGUUUUGGUAGUCCAGUUAAGGCUGCAGUCAUAAAACUUGUCUCACUGAAUUCAGUGGGGUUUACGCUCAUUGAGUAGGGACUGAUAUUGCAGCCCAUAGUCAAGUUCAAUCUGAUCCAUCUUGCACCAAUUUAUUUUACUUUUUAAGACAUUGUUAACUUUAGUUCUCCAACUCCUCAUCCCUUCAAGCCUUCAGUUCCACAUCUCGGUUGCAGUCACCAGCAGCUAUAACUUUUUUGUUUAACAUUGCAGUAGAAACUUGGUAUAAAAAAAUUUUUUUUACACUGUGUGUACACAGUCAGUCAAGGAUGGAUGUUAUAACAGUUUCAGGAUUGGAGUCCUAAAAGUAUCUUUUAACAGUAUGGCUUCACACACAUAAGGGGAACCUCUAUUCUAAUCAUAGCAUUUCACAUAAAAUGUGUGUUGAUAUUUUGCUUUGAAUUCAAAAUAUAUAUUUGCACUCCAGUACAGUAGUAUUGGGUACUCUACAACCAUCAAAUUACCCGCUCUUUCUUUCUCCUGCCAAAGCCACAAAACAUUUGCCUUUAAUUGUAACUCUUGAACAUUUUGUCCUAAGUAUAAUUAGUAAGGAGGGGAAAGAUUUGUUGAUGGAAUGAUACUUUUAAGCUGGGAAAUGGGUUACACAUAAGACAGCCUGUUAGAGGCCUGGAACUUAUGCUUCGGUAUAUUACAUACUAAAUAGCCUUCAGCUAUUGGCAGAGUUUCUUACUUGUCAGAGAAAGGUUUGCUGUGAAGAGUGUAUACUGUAUAUUUGGUGUUCUUAGUCAUGGACAAAGAAGAAUUUUUUUCUUCAUGCCUUCAACAGAGGAUUUAAGAGUGUCUGUAUAUACAUGCAAGUGUUCACACAGUCAGAAAUAGGUUUUCUGCUGAAUAUCUGCUUAUUUUGAUAUAAACUCUCCAAGAGCAAGGCCUUGCAAAAAAUGCAUUUUUUUGGUGAAAUGGAAUCUGCAAGUUGCAUGAAUUUGCAGCUCCUGUAUUACACUGCAUGUAUAAGUGGACUACUCACAAGAGCAGUGUUUAAUAUAUCAGCAUAACAACAGUGUGUUGUUGAAACUAACUCUGAACCUAUCAACAUAGCAGCUGUGCUAUCCAAAGUAAAAAGCUGGGAUUUAGCAACAUUCUGCCAUCCAGAUCCAUUUCUGCAAGAUGAGCAGAGCUUCCUUGGCCUGUUUUUGGCCCAUAAAAAAACCUUUAUAUACAUCUGAGAAAGCAAUUGAAGUACCCACUGUUGCUAUGGAUGCAGUAGGUGUUGCUACUUCCACCACCAGUUUUCUUACUGAUUUAAAGAACUCACAUCAACAGGCCAGCAAAUUACCUAGAAUUUGGCUUGCUUCUCAUACUUUUAGCUCUCUGUAGCCAGCUUGAAAAUUACCUACCAUAGUCCAAACAACAAAAAUCACACUGACCUCCAGAGUUGGCUUCCUGGUGCUGAGCCAAAAAUAUUUUGCUGGGAGGAAGAGAUUUGGAGGAGGGGAGGAUCUAGUUUCUAAAUAGACUUUAAAGCACUGCUGUUUAAACACUGUCGUGUGUGUGUGUGUGUGUGUGUGUGUGCGCGCGCGCGCGCAAAAUGCCAUCAAUGAAGAAUCUGUAUAAUUUGAUGACUGUCUCUAGGAGAAAGAGUUGGCUUCUUGUUAAAACAACAUAUUGGCACCACAGUAGCUAUUGGCACACACAUUAUAAAUCUUUUUUCAGCUUGCCUGUUUGUUUACAACUGGGAGAUGCAAAUUCAGGCGUCUUCCAUUGUAGUGUGAGAGACACUGGCCAUGCAGAAGGUUUAAUAAACUUACUAAAAACCAAGUAAGUGUCUCCUUUAUAAAAACCCACACAGUUAAGUCUAGCUGGGGUCCCUCAUACCUUAAAAUAUUUUAUUCUGUUGUGUCCUCUCUUUGUUGUAUAAUUUAUGUGCCAAGUUCAAACUGCAAAUGCAAAGAGAAUAGUCUGUUCAAUUGUUGUUCUACAAUGGUAGAAUUCCAUUCCUCUGUCAAAAUAUGGACUGAAUGCUUUCAAAAACAUAGGUAACUGUAUUAAUACACUAGGUAAAAACCAGAAUCUACAGAAUGGUAAUGCCUUUAUUAGGACCAUCCUAAAUGCCAGAUAAAAUCAAAUUGCUAGAAGCACUGUAAGAGCUAAAACAGAUGCACACUUUGUGCUGGUGUGGGUGGGGAUCAAAGGUUUGAAUUGUUUUCCACAUGAAAUAUUACCUGUGCACAUAAAUGAAUAUGUUGGAGAGGGAAAGGAAGACUAGGCCUGGCUUGUUUGUUUGGUAUGUCCAGUAUCUCAUGUGGGCCCAAACAUCUGCUCCACCAAUUUGCUGUAUGAAAGAUUCAGCCCAGCAACAACUACAUUUGCUUGGGACUUUUGCACCUCUCCAAAGACUUCCUUUAGCACAACUAGUCCAUAGCAUGUUGUUGGAUUAGUACUCGUAGAGAUUAUACAUAAGAGCACAAUAGAAAGGCAAGGCAGCAAUUGCCUUCUGGCUCCUCCUUUUCCUGGUUGGUGGCUGAAGUAAGCAGCAUAGACCCAAGUUUGUUUGUGUGUGUGUGUGCGCAUACUUUUUUGUGCACCAUCUUGAGGGCUUUAAGUCAAAAGUUGGGGAGGAAAUAACUUAAAUAAACAAAUUAAAUUAAAUUGGGAACUGUCAAAAAAUGCUGCCUAGCAUUAACAUUAUAGCUGGGAAGUGAUUGCAAAAAUGUCUUCCUCUUGUUCAUUGCAUUUCCCCAGUGAUACAUUUGAGCAUAACUGUUAGCAUUUCUGUCUCACUUUUCAAGUGUUGCUUCACAUAUAUUCAGCAUUUGUAAUGGUAGGCUAGUUUUAUAUCCAUACUGCAGACAUAAUAGUGGCUUGCCUGCAGCUACUACUGAAGCAAGAUUUUAAUGAUGGACUUCUUUGCUUAUUGCUCACAAUUAGCCACCAAGAUACUAGCUGUAUGGCUAUUCUUUGCAGUAUUAUAAAGCAUCAGAAAACUGAGUGUUUGGGGCAGAAAAGGCCUGUGUUAGCCUUAAUUUGUAACUUCUACAAAAACUAAAUUACUGUUGAAAAGUGACAAAACUUAAAAAUGGGUUGAGAUGGAAGUGCCGUAAUUCAUAAUGGUAAUAUUUUUGAAUUGUGUGAUUUAAAAAAAAAAAAAACUGGUCCUUUCUAAGCACUAAAAGAGCAUAAUUCUUUGUGGCCUAUUUUGCUGUGAUAGCCUUAGUUUAUGAAAGCUGUGGUUUAGAUUUUUAAAAUAUUGUGGUGUAAAAAUGUGUUACAGCUCUGAAUUAGCUUACUGUUUUGUAUAUAUGAAUUUUGUAAAUCUAUUAAAAU